AUGUCCAAUGAAGAGAGUGACAAUUCCUUAAAUAGGAUUAACUUGGUUAACCCUGCAAACAGGUUAAUAUAUUUAAAACUAAUUGAACUUCGUGAAAUAUAUCGCAACAGGUCUCCAAAGUUAUGUUUAUCGCUUACUAAGGCAAUCACAUCACUGAAACGUUAUCCUCUACCUAUAACGAACCUGCGGGAAAUUUUUAUAAUUUCUGGGAUAGGCGCUCAAUUUUAUAAGCACCUUAACAGGGUUAUAAAGGGGAAAACACCGACGGUUGACGAUGAGGACCUAAAGAAGCACAGAAUAAACAGCCUGUACCGCAUUUGCGAGUUUAUGCAGAUGAACAACUACUUCAACGCAGUUAGCACGAAGUCGUACAGGCCCCCGACGUACUCGAACACGUGGACGUUUCUGUGUAUUCUGGGAUUCUUCAGCGACUGCAAGAACGAAGUGAACAGCAGGCUGACUCUGGAUGACGUUUCGAGCAUGUUCCAGGAGUUCUCAAAGAUCUUCCCGAAGGCGAAGCUGACCAGUUUCGGCUUCCUGAAAAUACUUACCAGCAAGCAGAUCAUCAAUUUCAGGAGGCAGGGCCAGGAGGUGGUCUCCCAGGACGACUUCCAGUACAAGUACAAGCACAGGUACACCUACGGGCUGACGGAAGAGGGCAGGGAGUUGGUGGAGUCGCUCCUGUCUAAGCUGGACAUACCACUUGACAACAUCAAGGCCACCUUCAACAAGAUCUACGACAUAACGAACGGCAUCAUCAGCAACAGGAGCAACAACGAGUUCCUUAACAUAGACUCAUACAAGUGCUCCCAGGCUGAGAGCCCCAAUUCUGUGACGAGUUCAGUGACUAAAACGCCCGCGAAGACGCUAACUGUUUCCGAUCUUUCGAUCUCGCAUAAGCCCGAGUUGAAUUUGGACCACGACAGUCAUGCAUAUUUUAAAAAUUUGAGGGACAGGCUUAAAAUUAAGUACGGAAUCGAUGUGUUUGCAUACUCGGACUACGAAAUCAUAACAGUCGUGGACAAGAGGGAGCUGCACGACUCGAACGGGAAGUACUUUGUGAAGCUGACGAACCUGUUCAAGGACGCGAACAAGUCUCUCGUCUUUAAGCAGCUGCCGCUCGGGGACGUGGUGUGGAUAAUCAAGCUCAACCUUCCCACGCAGAACGAGCAUUUUCACAUAAACGGCACGGACGGCUUCAACAUCAACGGAGUGGGCCUCGGACCCAAGGCUAAGGGCGACUUGAUUAAGAAGGAGAAAAAGUCGCCCAAGAAGUCCCAGGAGGACCCCGAGGAGCAGGACUGGUACGUGCUCGACUGGAUUCUGGAGAGAAAGACCACCAUUGACCUGAACUCGAGCAUAAUGGACGGCAGGUACAACGAGCAGAAGCUGCGCCUGCUGAACCUGAGGGGCUUCACCAGGGUGAUAUACCUCUUCGAGGACUCGCCCCUGGAGCAGGUGACGAACAAGUUCGCGAAGCUGGGCCAGCGUGCGCUUAACUACAAGGCCAUCAAGACUGCUAAAAUAAACACCAAGUUCGUCUCCGGCUUCAACGUGAUUAAUACGUCGAGCCUGUCCCACAGCGCGUGCAUGCUCCUAUACCUGCACCUCGCCAUUGAGAACUACUUCAAGGAGAAGUUCAGGACGAUGCGCGUGAUGGGCGACUUUGACCUGCACAGCUUCGUCAGCAAGAACCACUACAGGUUCUCGCGCUUCAAGGAGGAGAACCGGAAGCGCUUCAAGCUGACCUACCACGAGCUGUUCGGCCGCCAGCUCCGGUGCAUUCCCAAGAUGGGAGAGCAGCUCACCGCAGCCAUACUCUCACUGUGGCCCACUCCGUACCUCUUCCACGCGGCCAUAAACAGGCUAACCCUUGAGGAAAUAAACAAGGAGCUAUCGCAGCUCAAGCGAAAGUGUAAAAUGUCAAAUCAGGUAUACGAAUCGUGCCGGGACCUAUUCAUGAAUUCAUCAUGUGCCUCCUCACACUUGGAAGCUGAUUCUGAUACACCUGGUGGGCAGAUAUCAGCAUGA